UCCGGGGUCAAAGUUGAUAUUUUCCAUGUGCCAGGAUAUCGGUAGUACCGUCAAUUUAGUGAAAUUCGUAAGUUUUUAAGAUGAACGAAAACGUUGAAUUGUGAGACAAACAAGAAAAACAUUUUCUUGCGUAGCACAUCAAAAACUCUUCUUUCAUUUGGGUUUAUUACAAUGUCUUGUGCUAUCCGGCGUUAGCUUCAUCACUGCGCUUCAUUUUAGCAGUACCGUCUCCUCCAAAUUAUGAUAAACAUGCCCGAAAUGGCUUAGGACAUGUUUAAAACUAGACUGCCGUUGAGCGCCUUGGUUACCAGUAGACGGAUAGCAGCAGCAAACGGUGGACUUUUUAAAUUAAUCUCCAGUAUGAGUGAAGCAUCCCAAAAACAACCUGCUGCCAAUCUCUUGAAACGUUCCAAAGAGGAAACUGAGGUUAUUCAAACCACAAAGAGAGCCAAAUCAGAGGGAGACAACACUGAAGAAGAAAGGCGGUACCCCAAAAAGAAAGUGAUCCUCCUUAUGGCAUACUGUGGCAAGGGGUAUUAUGGAAUGCAGAGAAAUGCUGGGAACACUCAGUUCAAGACAAUAGAAGACGAUCUCGUCACAGCUCUUAUCAAAUCAGGCUGCAUUCCUGAAAAACAUGGCGAUGAAAUGAAAAAAAUGUCUUUCCAAAGAUGUGCCAGGACUGACAAGGGUGUGUCAGCGGCGGGCCAAGUGGUGUCUCUGAAGCUGUGGAUGAUUGAAAAUAUUGUUGAAAAAAUCAACGAGCACCUGCCGCCUCAAAUCAGAAUCCUCGGUCUGAAACGAGUAACCCAAGGCUUCAAUUCCAAAAACAACUGUGACGCUCGCACAUAUUCUUACAUGCUUCCAACAGUGGCCUUUUCUCAUAAAGACUCCAACACGAGCGACACGGCAGCCUUUCGCCUCGAUCCGGAGACGCUUCAGAGGGUGAAUCUUCUGUUUGCGCGAUACAAAGGAACCCACAACUUCCACAACUUCACAUCCCAAAAGGCACCGAAGGACCCAAGUGCGCGGCGGUACAUCAUGGAGAUGUCGUGCGGAGAGCCUUUUAUCCUCAGUAAUAACGAAUUUGCUGUCAUAAAAGUGCGAGGCCAGAGCUUUAUGAUGCACCAAAUCCGUAAGAUGAUCGGCCUCGUGAUCGCGGUCAUUAAAGGAUACGCGGAAGAGAACGUUAUAGACCGGAGUUGGGAACAAGAAAAAGUGGAUGUACCCAAAGCCCCGGGACUCGGCUUGGUCCUGGAGAGGGUCCACUUUGACAGGUAUAACAAACGCUUCGGAGGGGACGGGCUACACGAAUGUCUCGAAUGGGACGGUGAAGAGGAAGCCAUCAAGGCCUUCAAGGAGGCUCACAUUUAUCCCACCAUUGUGGAGACGGAGUGCCAGGAGGGCUCCAUGCGCAGCUGGAUGGCCACACUGCCCAUACAUGACUUUAAAGGCACAGCCACCGAAACUCAGAACAAUAAGGAGCAGAAACAGGAAGAAGCAGAUAUUGCAAAUGACUCUGAUUAAGAAGACACACCUGCAGUCUUUUUAAUGAAAAAAUACGUUUCUCUAUAAACUUUAUUUCAUUUUUCUUGUGAUUUUUAAGUAGUUAGGUUUUCUCUUUGCGGUAUUGUUUAUGGUUUCUAUUACACAGAUUGCAUAGCUAUUGUACAUAAAUAAAAUAAUAAAAGCCCUUUUCGUUACUCCA